GUUGCCAGUAGGUAAACUUAGCCGCUGCUGGUUAGGCGCUUGUUUGUUUGCCUCGUGCGUUAAAAAGUAAAUUGAACGAGGGUUUUGAUUGAUUACAACCUAUUGUAAGCAUUGCGGAACAUUCGACAAUCGACGUGUUUACAGGUUGUUUUCGUCGAUUUUCAUCGCAAAUAACGUUGCAAAAAGAAUUGCAACAAACUACGUGUUACAUCAACAUUCCAUCUGUAUUUUAAGACAAAAACGACACUGCGCCACUGUAGAGCGAGACGAGCCUCCGUCAAGCCUUCUGAUAGAGUGAAAAAGUCAGAGAAAGAGAGAGAGAGAAACAAAGAGGCGGGAAAACUUGCAGGAAAGCCAGAGGCGGAAUUUCACCGAUAGAACGCAUAGUGCUUGGGAGUGUGCCGGUUGUGUGCCCGUGUGUUGUGGGGCGGCUGCAUGAGUCCCGCGCUGAGCUCUCGAAAUUGCGGCAGUAGCGAGUGGCGCGUCGCUGCGGCGAGUAGUGCGCGGUUCGAUAUCCGGGAAAUGGCUGAAUACCACCACCACCAUCAUCUACGAGGUAGCAGCAACAAGGCGGCUGCAACUAAUGACGCUUCAUCAAGCGCCGUCACCACCACCACCUCGACUACGCCAGCUUCGUCAUUGCCAUCGUCGCCGCAGCACUCUAUCAAGAAUGAGAUGACGAAUGGUGGUGGUGGCAAAGGCUCAGGCGACGAUGCCGACAGCACCGAGGAAAUGCCACUUGAUAUUGGCGAGCACUACCUCGUGCGUAGAUCCGACGACACUUGGCAUCCAGCUGAAGUGAUCCAAACUCGUUUUAAUGAGAUGGAAAACCAUUAUGAAUAUUAUGUUCAUUAUGAGGGUUAUAACAGACGAUUAGAUGAAUGGGUACCUCGAGAUAGAAUCAUGUCCAGCAGGUUUGAUAUGAGUGAUCGAUCAUGGAAAAAUGGUGACAGGAAUCAAAGUAUUGAUCUAUUGGCUGAUUCAUCUGAUAGAAAAAUAACCAGGAAUCAAAAAAGAAGACACGAUGAGAUAAACCACGUACAAAAAACCUAUGCAGAAAUGGAUCCUACAACUGCAGCUUUAGAAAAAGAGCAUGAAGCUAUUACAAAAGUAAAAUACAUUGAUAGGAUACAAAUAGGCAAGUAUGAAAUUGAUACAUGGUACUUUAGUCCUUAUCCAGAAGAGUAUGGUAAACAACCAAAAUUAUGGAUUUGUGAAUAUUGCUUGAAGUACAUGAGAUUAGAGAAAACAUACAGAUACCACAUGAGUGAAUGUACUCAUAGGCAACCUAUGGGUAAAGAAAUUUAUCGAAAAGGAACUCUAAGUAUCUGGGAAGUUGAUGGUAAAGAGCAUAAAAUUUAUUGCCAGAAUCUUUGUCUCUUGGCAAAAUUAUUUUUGGAUCACAAAACACUUUAUUUUGAUGUUGAGCCAUUUUUAUUUUACAUCUUGUGUGAAGUUGACAAACAUGGAGCUCAUCUUGUUGGCUAUUUUUCAAAGGAAAAAGAAUCUCCUGAUGGUAACAAUGUAGCUUGCAUCUUAACAUUGCCUCCUUUCCAAAGACAAGGAUACGGUAAGCUUUUAAUAGCCUUCAGUUAUGAAUUAAGCAGAAUUGAACAAACUGUAGGAAGUCCUGAAAAGCCACUCAGUGACUUAGGUAAAUUAUCCUAUCGAAGUUAUUGGAGUUGGGUUUUACUAGAAAUUCUUAGAGACUUCAGAGGAACAUUGAGUAUCAAAGAUUUAAGUCAAAUGACUAGUAUUUCACAGACUGACAUUAUUUCUACAUUGCAAAGUAUGAAUAUGGUAAAAUAUUGGAAAGGACAACAUGUAAUAUGUGUCACACCAAAAUUAGUGGAAGAACACAUCAAAAGUAGUCAGUACAAGAGGCCGAGGUUGACGGUAGACAGCAGUGCUUUGCGAUGGGGAGCUCCACCUCGAAAAAAUGUAAAGCCAGGAAAGAAGUGAAGAAACUACGAUUUUCGGACAUUUUUACUGAAAUUUGUAUUCCUUAAUCAUAGUUUGGGUAUGAUCGUACCAUGUAUCAAUGUACUAUUCAUGGCUGUUACACGUUUAUAAGAGUGACAAACUCAGAGUAACUUUAAUUCAAAAUCAAGUACUUUUAUGUCAUGAUUUUUGCUUUUUCUCAGUGAUAAGUACCUAAGUGUUAUUUUUAAAGCAAGCACAAAUCAUGGUUUAUUACAAAGAACAGAUAUAAAUCGUAGAUUUACAGUGAGAUGUUUCGGAAAUUUUUUUUUUCAGCAGUAUUAAGAGCAUUAAGUAAGUUUUAUGUGAAGCAAAAGAAAUAAAACGAAUUUUGCCAAUUUGGAAUUCGUUUAUAUCACUUCAUAUGAAAAUCUUGAUUUUUUUUACUUUUUAAACUGUCAAUUAUGUAAUUUAUGAUUCAAGCAAAUUGCGAUUUUUUAAAUAUUAAUUUAAUUCUUUUAGUAUUGUAAAUAGAUAUUAAACGAUUCUGAUAGGCUGUCAAAACUGCUUGUAUUGCUGAUGAUUUCGAUGUAUCUUUAGCCAUUUUAGCAACAUAGAAGUGUCAGACAUUGUAUAUAUUCUGCAAAAUGCGUGUUUAUAGUUGUGAAUAACUUUCUUUUUUAUAAACAAACAAAAAAUUUUGAUGAAAUCAUUUCCAAAUUAUUU